AUGAAGGAAGACUGGAUCGAAGACGAGUGUAAUCAUGUGGAGAUGGAGCUGAGCCUCUUGGAAGCAAGGAGGGAAAUUAAAGAACUCAAGCAAGGUAUUGAGAGCAUGAAGAAGAGCUUGGCUGAGAAAGACAAAAAAUUUCAGAAAUACUUCCUAGAAGUAAGCAUUGAAAACAAGAAACUGGAAUCUUUGGUGUCGAGCAUGGAGAUGGCCCUGAAGAGCUCUGUGAGAGAUGAGCAGCGCCCAGAGUACACAUGUGACUCUGAGGGGAAGCCGUUGUGUACCACGAUGCCAGACAGCCCCACCACAGAGGACCAAGCUCUGGAGGAGCUGGCAGGUAGUGGGCUGUUUCUUCAUGAGGACACAGCUAACGGGACUGAUUUAUUUGAAGAGAGUUUGACCACCACAACCUCUGAGUUGAGUGAUUCAGCUCCCUCCAAUUCUGUUGUGAAUCAAGAGAUGCUUGAAAAUGUUCUGGGUGAGAAACUAACUUUGUCCCAGGAGGAGGAGGAGAAAGUCAGAAACAUGAUGGUGGAGCAGACCAUCCAGACUGAUGUGGUGCCAUAUAGCCUAGAAGGGGAGCAGUUCAUUCAAAACAUGUCCAGAGCUCAGAGCUCAAGAUGCCUGUCCUCUAAGCCCGCCUUCUUCCCUGAAGGAAUUGGGUCAAUUUCUCUUGAAAGCCUCAGUGAUUCUGGUAUCGUAGUGGACUUAACUCCAGGUGAGCCAAACUCUACCAUCCUUUUGUCUCCUGUGACACCUCCAUGCAGGAAGGUGGAGCACGGAGUUAAUGAAAACCAUUUUGUGAAAGAACUUGAUUUUACAGAACCUCACGAUGAUGAAGUCUUUGGGUACGUCAAUACUGUUUCUCAGACAGGAAUAAAGAAGACAUACUGGAGCAGCAGACUCGCCAGCGAUCUGGCUGUAGCAGCCCCUGUUAAGACUCUCGGGCUGCAGCAGGCACCCAGACAUCACAGAGAUAAUAGAGGAUCCCGAAAAGAAGCCAGCAAGUUACAAAGGAGGAAUGGGCAAGUAAAAGAUCUCCUGAAAGUGGGACGCCAACUGUUAAAGGGAGAUUCUCGCCUCAGGAUGCCUGCAACCUCAAGCUCAGCCUUGCGCGUGGUCCGUGAGAAAGCCACGGCUCCAACUGCAAAUCUGAGGAUUAAAACCAAUUUUAGCUCUUCAAGCAACACAGGCUGUACCUCAGUGCCUGAAGCCCAUGUGUCGGCUGCUGGAAGCAAAAGGUCUUUUUCUCACAAUUGUGGCCUUCAUGGUCAGAAUAAUGGAUCCUUAUCCAACAAGUCCAGACCCAGCCCACCUGCUUCCCGUGAAAAGGCCCCUUUGUCAACACUGAGCAAAACCCAGCCGAGUCCUGCGAACACCCGUCAGAAUUAUGGGGCUUCUUUAGCCAGCAGAAGCAACUCAGGCUCAAACAAAGGAAGUGACAGCAGCCAAGUGACGAGGCGAUCAGGGAAAUCUAUUUCUUGUGGUCACAACUGCAGCACUAAGCCAGAAAAUCCGGAGCGGUAUUUGACUCCUCUGCAGCAGAAAGAAGUUACAAUACGGCAUUUGAAAAAAAAGCUGAAGGAAUCCGAGUGCAAAGUUACAGAAAGGGAAAGAGAAAUCGAAAAGCUCAAAGCUCAGGUGGAACGUAUGAAGGAAGACUGGAUCGAAGACGAGUGUAAUCAUGUGGAGAUGGAGCUGAGCCUCUUGGAAGCAAGGAGGGAAAUUAAAGAACUCAAGCAAGGUAUUGAGAGCAUGAAGAAGAGCUUGGCUGAGAAAGACAAAAAAUUUCAGAAAUACUUCCUAGACGUAAGCAUUGAACACAAGAAACUGGAAUCUUUGGUGUCGAGCAUGGAGAUGGCCCUGAAGAGCUCUGUGAGAGAUGAGCAGCGCCCAGAGUACACAUGUGACUCUGAGGGGAAGCCGUUGUGUACCACGAUGCCAGACAGCCCCACCACAGAGGACCAAGCUCUGGAGGAGCUGGCAGGUAGUGGGCUGUUUCUUCAUGAGGACACAGCUAACGGGACUGAUUUAUUUGAAGAGAGUUUGACCACCACAACCUCUGAGUUGAGUGAUUCAGCUCCCUCCAAUUCUAUUGUGAAUCAAGAGAUGCUUGAAAAUGUUCUGGGUGAGAAACUAACUUUGUCCCAGGAGGAGGAGGAGAAAGUCAGAAACAUGAUGGUGGAGCAGACCAUCCAGACUGAUGUGGUGCCAUAUAGCCUAGAAGGGGAGCAGUUCAUUCAAAACAUGUUCGAGCUCAGAGCUCAAGAUGCCUGUCCUCUAAGCCCGCCUUCUUCCCUGAAGGAAUUGGGUCAAUUUCUUGAAAGCCUCAGUGAUUCUGGUAUCGUAGUGGACUUAACUCCAGGUGAGCCAAACUCUACCAUCCUUUUGUCUCCUGUGACACCUCCAUGCAGGAAGGUGGAGCACGGAGUUAAUGAAAACCAUUUUGUGAAAGAACUUGAUUUUACAGAACCUCACGAUGAUGAAGUCUUUGGGUACGUCAAUACUAUUUCUCAGACAGGAAUAAAGAAGACAUACUGGAGCAGCAGACUCGCCAGCGAUCUGGCUGUAGCAGCCCCUGUUGUACCAACUAUCAUGCGGGCUUUCAGUACUCAUGGAGCAGGAACAGAUCUCAUUUACAGUACUGGAGCGUUGUUUUGCAGUUCUGUCCUAGUCCACCGUUUUGCUCUUGACUAUUUGAUUUGCCCUAUAAAUCGGUUUGAAAACAUGUUACUUGUUUCAGAAUGGAAAAGGUAA